UUGUCCGGCUUUAUUUGUGCGACGCUGCAGUGACUGUGGGGCGAAUAAGGAAUGGGGGUGUUCGGGCGGCGGCGGCGGCUGUGGACGCUGUCGCUGGUGACCGCGGCGGCGAUGCUGGAGAAUGCAAACAAGUCCCUGCUGCCGGCGAUGUACAGGGAGGUGGGCGCCGCUCUGGGAGCUUUGCCCGCCGAGCUGGGCACCAUAACGCUGUGCCGUGGGCUCGUGCAGGCGCUGUGCUACCCUCUCGCCAUGUGUGCCGAGGCGCGCUUCUACCGCACCCGCAUUGUUGCUGCGGGGACCUUUCUCUGUGCCGUGGCCGCCGUCCUCAUCGCCGCCUCCACCACCUUCCUUCAGAUGGCGAUCGCUGGGGGCUUCAAUGGCGUCGGCCUGGCGCUGGUGCUGCCGGGGGUCUACUCACUGGUCGCCGACUACAGCGACGACGAGACGCGUGGCGCGACGUUCGGGUGGGUGUACAUGGCGCAAGGCAUGGGCACCGCCAUGGGGAACUCGCUGGGCGUCCUGCUGGCCCCUACCAGCUUCUUCGGCGGUGUUCCAGGUUGGCGGCUGGCGUUCCUUGCCAUCGCUCUCGUCAGCAUCUCGCUUGCCCUCCCGACAUGGCUGGUCGCCGGCGACGAUGAUGACUCCAGAGCAGCAGACGGAAGUGGAAGCACGAGCAUCACGGCCAUGGCCUCCGCCGUCGCCGGGGGAGCAAAGGCCGUGGCGAGCGUGCCCACGUUCUGGAUCGUCGUUGCGCAGGGUGUAGCCGCGCAGGUGCCAUGGUCUGCACUCACGUUCAUGGCCAUGUGGCUGGAGCUCGUGGGGUUCUCGCACUGGGAGACCACCGUGGUCACGGACCUGAACGGCCUCUCCAACGGGCUCGGCGCGCUGGUCGCCGGGUUCGCCGGGGACCUCGCCGCACGGCGGUUCCCGGACACGGGGCGGAUCGCGCUGGCGCAGAUCUCCAACGCGUCCACCGUCCCGCUCGCCGCCCUGCUGCUGCUGCUCGCGCGGCCGGGAUGGCCGCUGGCCGGCGCCGUGUACGCCGGCGGGUUCUUGCUCCUCGGCGUCGCCAUGGCCUGGAGCACGGGCUCCACCAGCAACCCUAUCUUCGCCGAGAUCGUGCCGGAGAAGGCGAGGACGACCGUGUACGCGCUGGACCUGUGCUUCGAGAACGUUGUGGCGUCGUUCGGGGCACCCGCUGUCGGCGUCCUGGCAGAGCAUGUCUUCGGGUACCAUGGGCGGCCAGCAGCUUCCGACCACGGCGAUCGGGAGAACGCAGUCGCUCUGGGUAAGGCUGUCUUCGCGGUGAUCGCCGUCACGGCGACUGCCUGCUGCCUCACGUGCUCGGCGCUGUACUGGACUUACCCUGUGGACAGGCGGCGUGCGCGGAUGAUGGAUGCCUCCCAGCAGGAGGAGCCAUCAGUGGGUGACGAGAGGAACGGCGGCGGCGGUGAAGCAAGUGGACCUGCUGUGGCUUCGUCGGCUGAUGAUGGCCUCAGCCAGGCCCUACUGUCUCCUACAAUGAACCUCUAAGAAGGAUGGGCAUGUAUUGAUACUGUUUGCAGUUUUGGGGCAACAUAGAAGCGAGCCUAGCUUGAAAAAUCAUCAAAGGGUUAAUAGUAAUAAUAAUAAGGCGUACGUGCUACACUAUAAAAUUGCGUCAAGCAUCUCAGGACCAAAGUGCAAAGCAGGUGAAGUCACUCGGACUGCUAUGACAAAUAUUGACUUACAAUCGAAGCCAAGCGAUCAUACAGAUCAAACAAGUCGUCUGAAAUAUUUCGAAGUCUCAAGGACUUGAAAAUUAUAUAUAGCAAAUUCGUAUUAUUUCCAUCAUUUUAGUCCAUUUGCUGAACAUAAUUCAGUAAAACUGAAAGAGGAACAAAGGAAGGGUUCUUCUU